GUACGUUGGAGUAUUACACGGAGUAAAAUUCAAAGAAAGGCAUCUCUCCAGCUAGUGCUGGUUCCUUCACAGACACUCUUCUUCUGCUCUAUAUCAUCCCACCUCUUAGCUCAGAUUCCAAGUCAGAAAUAGAAAGAUCGAGCAGAAAGAGGAAGAAAUGGCGGCGAAGGCACGCUCGAUCGGAGUAGCCAUGGAUUAUUCUGCAACAAGCAAAUCAGCUCUGAAAUGGGCGAUCGAUAACCUGAUUGACGAAGGCGACCGGAUCUCCAUCAUCCACGUCGUCUCUUCCAAAUCCGACCCUACCCACAAGCAGCUCUUCGAAGACACUGGAUCUCCUUUGAUCCCUUUGGUGGAGUUCAGAGAGAUUGAUGUGGGGAAAAAGUAUGGGCUGAGCCCUGACGCAGAGGUUCUCGACAUGCUGGACACUGUGGCGAAGCAGAAGAAGGUGAUAGUGGUGGCGAAGGUGUACUGGGGGGACGCGAGGGAGAAGAUUUGUGAUGCUGUGGAUCAUCUCAAGCUUGACUCUCUUGUGGUUGGAAGCAGAGGUUUAGGAGCUCUUAAGAGGGUGUUGCUUGGAAGCGUGAGCAACUACGUGGUGCAGAAUGCUACAUGUCCGGUCACCGUCGUGAAGGGAGGCCAUCCAAGCACUAAGCUCUCUGCUUAAUUACUUAUUAACAGCUCGCUCUAAUAUAAUUAUGUGAAAAUUAAACAACCGCAGCAGCAGCAGCAGCGUGUAUUCUCAUUGAUGAAUGGUGACACUAUAAUAUUUGCACAUGUUGGGCAUGCACAACAACGUGAACUUCAUUUUAUAUGUAUAAUAAAUUAAUAAAACCUAUAGCUAGCUAGCCUCUUAUAUAUGUAUUAUUCUCUUCAAACAAAUAUUCUGUAUCUGU